AUGUUUUCGACUGGGAAUUGUUUUCUGGGCCGUUCAAGCGCCAGCCUUGUUUUAUUGUUGUUUGCGUGCGUCGGGAAUUUUGUCAAUUGUAGUUUCUACGACGAGAGAACUAGUAGCAGAUAUACAGAGGCCACUUUGAAUAUAACUGAAUGCGAUGGAUCUGCUAAGAAAUGCCGUGUAAUGCCUUAUGAUGACGAUGAAGCCAAGUUUGGCCAGGAUAGCCCAAAAAAUAAAGCCAGAGGUUGGCUUUACUCGUUAAUGGCAACCAACGUCAAUGGUUGUAAAGAAUUUAACGUUAUGGUUGAUCGAAUCCCUUGGAUAGCCCUCAUCGAAAGAGGAGAGUGUAAUUUCGAGAAGAAGAUAAAUAAUGCCAAAAAGCAUAACGCUACGGCUGUUAUAAUUUACGACAAUAAAAAUGGUAACGUUGUAACCAUGUCUCACGACGAAGCGAUUGGCAUUGUGGCUGUAUCAGUGAAAAAGAGUCUUGGCCAAGCUCUUGCCCGGGCGCUAGUUAAUCGAACGAAAACAGUUUUUAUAGCUAUUUCGGUAGGACAAGUGUAUGAAGACACAUAUCAAGGAGUGAAUCCUACUUCUGUCUUGUUCGUGUCAGUCUCAUUUAUCGUGCUUAUGGUCAUUUCUCUCGCUUGGCUUGUCUUUUACUACGUGCAAAGGUUUCGCUACGUCCACGCACGCGACAAAACCGAGGUAAGCCAGACGAAAACGAUUCGAAAAUAUGGAUUGGAAAACUAAAUAGCCAUUCCAUUGUAGUAGGUGUUGUAUUAGAAAGCAGUUAAUGUAAAUUCAUCAAGAUAGCACGUUUUAGUCAGCAUGUUUUGGUUUUUUAUAUUCACAAGUUUCUGUCACUUGACACUUUGUUUAAUUGGUUUAUCAACCAUUCACGGACUGCAAAAACUUGAACAAAGCAAGUGUUUGUUGACUUGCAGUUCUGUGGUAUAUUUCCUCCUUCGGUCUUCGUAAUUAACGGGUUUGGAAUUCUGAAAGGUUCUGCGUCACGGAAAUUGCAUUCAAAACUAAUCACUCUACAUUGUUAUGAAACAAGUUUGUAGCAGAAAUCCCUACUGAACCGCUUUUGGUGGUCUGUGUAUUCAAGUUAAAUGAUCCCAUGGUUUUCCUUCUGUUUAGCUUACUUAAAACACUGUCAAGGCAAAUGUGAAAACUAAGGUGAUACCAGUGUUUGUUUUCAUUUGCCUCAGGGCCGUAGAUGUGGCAUUUUUUUGAAACCAACAUUUGCCCGGAAAAAUAUUGCACGCUGCUCAUUAUGGAAGAUUGAGGUGUUUUAAACGGUGCAUCUCUCUAGCCGGUUGGAAUGGCUUUUUUGUAGUAGCAUUAGGUGGUCGAAAUUAAAGCUAGGGGAUUCUCAUUUACAAAUGUGCGGUUUACAACUUUGGUUAGGACAAGUUUUGACAUAGGAAAUUGCUUCAGUGUUAAAUUACGGCAGCUGUCAGAUGGGUUUCUGCUUGGUACACAUAAAGUUGUCAUGUUUGUAACAUGAUUUUUGCUUGUUGUGGAAUAACGGUAGUCUUUGUUGGUUCAAGUCACCUGUGAUUACGUAAUGUAAACUGUGAAUGUUCAUGCUUGAUGGAAAGUUUGUACACCGUAACUAAUUUGUCCUCUAAGAUUUACUGUCCUCGUGUUUAGUGAACAAGGAAAGUCAAAGCCUUGUGAAAAGACUAAUACUAUUUUUUGGCAAGUUUCAUCUUUUUAAAUAAUCUAAAACUUGAGAUGUGAGUGAAAUCUGGACAACCACAAAUCACAUAGACUUCUAUAUACACCUGUCUUUCCAAACAGCUGCAAGAAAGAAUGCUAUCAAAUCCUUUAGGCUUGCAAAGUGUACUUUUUUGCAUAAGACAGGCACAGGCAACAGAUGCAAGUGUGUUUGUAGAGGUAACCUUAUUUUGGAAAAUGUCUUUGAUGAUUGCUUUGUUGAUUGGCCUCAGCAUUGCCAACAAAUCGUGUUCAUUACUAUUUUUCUCUACGUUUCCAGUCUAUGACCCAACCGAACAUGGUGAUUAUGUAAUUUUGGCAAUAGAAGAAAAUGUGGUAUUUUUCAAUUUUUGAGAUGCCUUUUUUAUGGUUGAAAGGCUCAUAAAAAAGGGAAAAAUCCCAGUGGUGUUGCCUCAAUGAUUAAUGUGGCUGUUUAUUAAAAAUUUUGAUCUAUUAAAAGCACCUGUAGGUGUUUAUUACAUGCUCAUUUGCUUUCCCUGAACAGACCCACACAAUAUGUUGGAUUUUUUAAAAAUAAAAUUGUCUGCUAGAUUUUUCUCUUGGUAACUUUCUUUUGGGACUUGUAUAUAAGUCCUUAAUGUAGUGAACCAAUAUUGAAACUAACUGGUGUUGUUAUAGAAACAAAAAAACCAAACAAGUGUUGAUUUGAUUGUUGUUAUAUUAUUAGUUCACAAUUUAUGUGGUCAAAUCUUCCAUAUGUGAUCUUAUCUGUUUUUUUUUUCACAGAAACGUCUAACUUCAGCUGCAAAGAAAGCUAUAGCCAAGCUUCCGACCCGCACAGUCAGCAAGAAGGUAAAAAAGUGGCUAUAUUUGUAUAAAAAAGAAGACUUUGUUAGCACAAGGAUCAAUGUAGAGGGUUUUUAGAUAUGAUUCUAGACCAUUAUCAUAUGUGUGGGAAAAUACUCUUGAUAUAUUAGUUUAAUGAGUUCUCACAUCACAUUAUAUGCAUUUUGUUCCUAUCAAGAUAUCCAAAUGAUGCAUUAAUUGCUUUCCUUAUGUUUAGAAAAGAGGAACGUGUCUUUAUUUCUAAAUGCUAAACCAGGUGCUUGCAUUUAAUUCAGUGAAAAAUUAUCAUUAUCAGUUUUUGUGCAUCAUUAGUUUCAGUAGUGAAUUUGGUAAGAAAAUUCCCAUUCACAAACAUUUCUACUGUUGGAAAUAAUAACUAUUGAAACUGUGCAACCUAAGCAUCAAUGUCCUAAAUGUUUUUGUUCACGAGGAUAAGUAAAAUGUUGUUAGGUUUAGUUUCAACUUUUGGUUUGGAACCCAUUCUGGAGACUGGCUUUAACAACUAAUUUUCAAACAAAAUAAUCAAAGUUAUCAAGAAAUUAGGAAUUAUUGCCGCAGACAUAUGAAAGAGGAAAUUGAAGUAAGUUAAUAUUUCUUAUAAUAGACAUCUGAGGUCACUGAUCAUAACUUAAGUGACAUGUUGGGUAAAAAUAGACUGUAUUCAUGUCUGUUCUAAGUUUUCCUUUUAAGCCCAAUAAUAAAAGUAACAUUUCAAACCCUUACUAUAAAUUUUGACAUUGUUUAUGUCCACAUCAACGGAUCUCAUGUAAGUCAUCAACUUUUACCAUCUUCUUUUCUAGUUCUUUCUAUAGAAACAGCUUUUAUUUGCGGCUUUGCUUCAAGUCAUUUUGACCUUUGCUAUCACAUAUUAUGUUUGUCUAUGCUUCAUUCUGUACUCUAUGUCAGUUUUGAUCUCAGUUUUGAUACCCAAAGUUGAUUUUCAUGUUGGUUUUAACCCCAAAGGAACAAUCCCAGAGUCUUGUCUGAGUUAAAACUGGUGGCUAGUAGAAUGUCUCCAACAAUAAAUAAUACUUCUCUUGAUUAUUACUUGAAUAACAACUACAGCAAUAGUAAAUUCACUAUUGCAACAGUGCAGCAUAAGUAUCACCUCAGCCAUCACAAUAUUAACACAAUUGCAAUAGUCAAAAUGAUCUUAGUAAUCACUCUAAGUCCUCUAAAAACACAACUUUACAAGAUUGUUGUAGAGAGUUUUGCUUUUAUGCAAGCGUUCCAUUAAAAUAAUAUGUCUUGUUUUGCUUUUAGACAGAAGAUGAUGAAUCAGACAACUGUGCAGUGUGUUUAGAUGGUUAUAAAGCAAGUGAUGUGGUCCGUAUAUUGCCCUGCCAGUAAGUAGUAUGGUUAUUAUUAUUUUGGAAAACAAUUCUAUUUCUUUGUGUCAGUAACCAUAAAAAUCUCAGCGUGUGUGGUUACCUGUAGUCAGACUGAUUCCUUUUUUUGAUAUAAAUGUAGAUCUGGCCCAAGUUGUUCAAAAUGUGGAUAAUGCUAUUCACGGGAUAAAUAAAUCUCUGUCCAGUGGAUAGCGCAAAAAAAGUUUAUGUUUGUCCUAAUACUUAUCUGCUGGAUAGUGAUAUAUCUGGUGGAUACUGAUAUCCAUCAUUUGAACGACUACAGCCACUUACUGUUUACUGUAUUUGAAAGGCACUGUUGUUAGUUGGACUUGUAACCCAUGAUAUUUAAUUUACAGCAUUGUGUAUGUGAAAAACUAUUUUGAUAGUGUAAUGUUUCAAUUAGGCCUGUUGGCUGUGUUCCCAUGAAAUGAAACUCGAGACAAAAUGCUGCAGACUGUGGAAUCCUGAUUCUUCAAAUACUGCAUUUACCAUAAGACACCUGAAAACGUGGUUAUGACUAAGAUGAAAGUUUAUUUUGUGCUCCAAAGCCUAAUGUUAAUAAAUAAAUUUUCAUACAUUUUCCAUACCUUCCUCUGCUUUUGAGCUAAUAUUCCAAACCGUUAUUGUUACUGAAAGACCCCAUUUGCCCUGAGAUUCUUUUUCUUAACUUUCUUAAAGUAACUUCAAACUAUAUAUUAUGACAACUUUGAUUGUGCAUGGUUUGUAACUUUGUGAUGACAUGUACCUCUCUAGGCAUGAGUUUCACAAGCUGUGUAUUGAUCCAUGGUUGGUAGAGCACAGGACCUGUCCAAUGUGUAAACUCAACAUCUUAAAAGAAUUGGGAGUUGUGAGUAUUUGUAUAGUAGCAGUUAUUGGUGUGCUCGAAUAUUUACCUUUGUAGGUGUAGUUAUUUUAUAGGAAGCAAAGGGAAAAUAUGAACAAGAUGAUUUUCUAACAGUUCUAUUCCCUGCCUAUAAGUAAAUUGCUAUAUACCUGGCGACUUGAAAUCUUAUUGACAGCUCUGAGACUUAUUCCAAAUGGCACCCAGAGCUUUGUUUGGAGUCACAGACAAAUUUUUGGCAUAAAAUAAGCCAAGAAAUAUAUCCUUUGUCUGUUAUUCCCAAUUCACCAUUUUCACAUAGACCAUAAAUGCAUCUUGUUUACCCUGGCCACACAAUUUUGCAUAACCGUUAUUUCUAAGGGCCUGUUUACAUGGAGGUGGGGUACCCCAGGUAGGUGAGGUAACCCGCUUAGGUGGGGUUGCCCGCCUGUCCAUAUAAUCUCUCAUUUUAAUGUGAUCACGUUUACAUGUUAGGUGAGGUAACCCGCCACAUGUUACCUCACCUACCUGGGGUCCCCCACCUUCAUGUAAACAGGCCCUAAUUUCUCCUGGGUAUUACUGUUGCCACAAGAGAAGUCGAAGACAAUGGUUAUGCAAUUUUGGGGUAAACAAGUUGCAUUGUGUGAAAAUAGUGUAUUGUUCAUGGUCAAGAAUAAUUAGGGUAAGGAAAGAAAGGAGGUGAGAAUAUAACUGCGAUGAAACCAUUUGGACCUGAAUUUAUUUUGACCUGCAACAUGUAUAUUACUUGAAGGGUUGAAUUUUGUUUUCAGUAAUUUAGUUCCCUUUUUUCCUCCUUUACCGUGGUAACCUUUAGGCCAGUGAUGAGGUUCGCAGCAGAGAUGUAGAAAUUGCUACUACUGAGCAGGAAGAUCAUCACACGGCUGCUGAUAACCAGGGUGUGGUGAUGAAUGAAAUUGAACCUUCAGUUAGUGAACGUAGGCCAAGUUCUGACACUUCAGGUAUGUACUGCUUUUAACCCUUUUGGUCUCAAGAGUGACCAACAUCAAUGUUCUCCUAACAACAUCAGCAGAUCAUCAAGUGUAAAGGUUAUGAGAAUUACUAAAUUGAUUACCAAAGGGAGAAUGCUUUGAUCUUAAACCAACUUCUCUCAACUAUUUUUAAAGGGAAUGUAUGGAGAUAAAUGUGGAGAAUUUGUAUAUGGAGCUUGGGGAUUAAAGGGUUAAUACAGUAGAGUUCCCAUUAAGAUGUCCACUUUUAGGCCACAAAAAAAGCAGAUUGUACUAACUGCUGUUAACAAGGUGGUCAUAUAGGAUGGAUGACAGGAUGGUAUCAAAUCAGGUAGCUUAAUCCAAGUUUCACCCAUUCAUGUAAUGGGGAUCGAUUCGAGGCAUGUUAUUGUUAACAAAUUUCAGGCGUGCAAAGAAAGGUAGUUUUACACCUUGCCCUUUGAGCAAGCUGUAGCUCAUUCUGUAGCUAGUAUCUACUAACCAGAGAGUUAGUUAAUUGCUUUAUUAAUUCAUUGUAAUAAUAAAGCAGGAAUUUCAUUUUGUGAGAUCAACUUAAAAAGCAGCUUUUAAUCCACAUGAAUUCAUUAGGAAUUUUAACAAUUUGUCUUACAGUACUUCCAUAAUUUGAAUCCACCCCCGCCAAAAAAAAAAAAAUUCAUUUCCCAUCAUGAAAGUGAAGAACAAAAUUCACCUGGCAGCACUAGGCUAUUGCACUCAACUUUCUUUGCACACUUAUUUACCAGAACAUCAAUUUCUUGUUGCAUCUGGUUUGAAGAUAAUUCUUCUUGAAAUCCAGUUGCUGUUAUUGAUGUGAUGGAUAGGAAAUUGGCAUUCUGUCCUGUAUUGAGUGUGAAAGUCAGUGUUAAUUAAAAGCAGGAUCUUGGAGGUUAAAAGAAAAUAUUUUGGUUCAAAUUUGGAACUUCCAGUUGAAGCUUUCUUGAAUAUUACAGCCAGCUUCCUAUCAGUAGACUCCUUCCUGAAGUUAGUCCCUGCCAUAAUGACUCACAGAAAGGGCAAGCCUCAGUUGUGCCAAUCUUAAAAGAAGUACUACUUGCAGGUCAAGAAUUAAAGCCAUUCUCUUGAAACUAACAGCAGUAUUGUUUUAACUUGAUUCUUUUCAGAAAGCUCCAGUGUUUCUGGUGGGUCUGGCCGUGUGUUACAUGUCAGUGCAGAGGUCUAUUGGGAAAGAGAAGAUCAAUCAAGUUCAACAUCUAACUUAGUUGAUCAUCCUAAUUUGCAAGCUUAGAAAUUUAUCAUUACAAUCAGUGCUUUCUUAUCAUGUACACAUGAGGUAUCUCAACCCUCGUAAUGGGGCUUGUAAAUAGAUGUAUCGUAGGCUUUAAAUUUUAGAGUGGUUAUUGCUUGAGGCAAUGCAUUUAUGGACUUGUGGAUUACACACCAGUUGCACUUUGUCUUUAGCUCCUUUAACCCUGUGUCCCCAAAUGUAAAACACAAAAUCAAAAUUAAGGAAACUGGCAGAUUACAUUUUGCAAAAAUUAAUUCUGGAAAACAGACAAAUAGAACCAUGUGAAAGUACUGCAAGAGAGGUUUUCUUUGAAUGGUCACAUCAUAGCAUUUCCUCCACAGACCCAAAGUUAGAGUUGUGUACAAACAAGUAGAACCACGUGAAAGUACCAUGAGAGAAGUUUCAUUUGAAUGGUCUCACCAUAGGAUUUCCUUCACAGACUCAAAAGUUAGAACUAUGUAUGAAAUAAAUAGAACCAUGUGAAAGUACUGUGAGAAAGGUUCCAUUUGAAUGGUCACACCAUGAGAUUUCCUCCACAGACUCAAAAGUUAGAAUUACUUAGAAAAAAAAUAGAACCAUGUAAAAGGACUGUGGAAAGGUUCCAUUUGAAUGGUCACACCAUAGGAUUUCCUCCACAGACUCAAAACUUAGAAUUACAUACAAAACAAAAUUAAUAGAACCAUGUGAAAGUACUGUGAGAAAGGUUCCAUUUGAAUGGUCACGCCAUAAGAUUUCCUCCACAGACUCAAAAGUUAGAAUUACGUACGAAAUAAAAUAACAGAACCAUGUGAAAGUGCAGUGUGAGAGAUCUCAUUGAACACCAUAGGUUUUUUUCUCCACAGACUUAAAAGUUAGAACUAAACUUCAUGUUUUGUUCAUUACUGAUCUUUGCUUGAGAGGGUUUACUCAUCUCCCUCCAAGAAGGACUCUCCUAGAAGGCAGGAAAAGCUGGUCCUUGAAAGAACUCCUGUUUACCAAAACAUUUCAAGUUUGUUUACAAAUUACUGUCUUUUUUGUCUGAAUGAAGACUUUUCGGUUUAGAACUAUGUAUAGUGCAGAAAUAUUUGGGCAUCAGUCCUUGCAACAUUUCAUUGACUCAAUAGUUAAUUUGGCCUUAAAGAUUUUUGGUGCACUCAUUGAAAAAGAAAGUAUGCAAAACCCAAGAACUUUUUGCUCUUGUAAAGGGCACAAGGUUAAAACAUUUUCAAAUUCAUAUCCUGGUUAACAUGGUGAAGCUGCGCAUCUGAGAUUCACUUGAAUUACUUGAAAGGAGAUAAAAAAUGAGUUAUUUCUUUUGAGGUAAUAUUAUAUAAAUAUUAGUGAUCUUUCCACACUCCUUUUUGCUACAAAAACCACUGAACUGUCCAAUGGAGGCAAUUCUGAAGAGUGCUUCUCUACCCUCUUUUGACCCUGAUGAGUGAAUAGUCAUUUUUUUUACUGUUAUUAGAGGUGGGAAAGUAUAAUAGAAUGAAAUGAUUUUGGAGUUGUGAACCCUGAAGAAUAUGAACGUUUUUUUUCUCUCGGCCAAUGGGAGAGAUGUUUUUUAAUGUUUUAAGUUAUUUCCUUUCUGGAUUGUGAAUAAUUAUGCCUUUAGUUCAUCACUGGUAAAGAAUAUUUAAGUGUUGGCUUGCAAUUUUCUUCCAUUUUUUUACAUGAAAAUUAUGUUGAUGUAAUUUUAUGAGUUGAAAUGUGUUAAACUGUACAUGUUGAUAAUUAUGAUUAUUACAGAAAGCCUUAGUUUGACUACAUGUAGAUUGCAAGCAGUCUCUGAAUUUGAAGUGGUGCUUGUAGGAGGGCUGUCACUAAAGGUUGGAAGCCAGGGAUUUUCCCUGAUGACUAUGAGCAUGAUCUCUGGCUACUGUCAUAGGAAACAAAAAGAAAAUGCAGUGGAACCCCGCUCUACAGACACCCACUUAAUAUGGAUAUCCAUUUAUAAUUCACAGUUUUGUUUGUUCCAACAAAGAAAAAGCUCAUAUAUUUUGUAUAAAAUUAACCUCCUUAAUACAGACACCCGGUUAAUGCGGACACUAUGCAUGUCCUGUGGUUCCAGUCUAGAACCAAUAGAACUUCCUAGCUCUUUCACUUCCUGCCUACUAAUCGCAUACCCUGGGGCAUGAAGUCUUAGUCACAGUCCAGUUGUAGAAUUGCCAAAAAGAGAGUCUGCUUGUAUUCUAUGUUAGAGACCAUUAUUUAGAGGAGUUCAGUAUCAUAGUAUUUAAGUGUUACAUUUUCUAGUUACAUUUUGUUGCAUUUUAGUCAUGAUUUUACCACUUUGUAUUGAAUCAGUAGGAAGUUAGUAUUCUCAGGAAUGAUCUGGUUACCUUGAGUUAUGAGACCUGUAGAUUGGAUGGCCUAAAAGCAAGCUAUCUAUUUGGGGUAGUCGCACAGAGUUAUGCAAAAGCCAGAAUGCAAAGGGAGAUGCAAGUGCGAGGAGCAUGGAAAGAAGUUUUCCUCCUCCUUUGUUCGUGGCUUUGUCACUUGCUCACGUGUUUUCUCGCGGCUCACUUCGCUCACUUUAAUUCAUAGAGCUUGCUUACAGGCUAUAGGUUGGACUUCAAGUAUCAGAUUGAGUUAAGUACAAAUUUUCAAACCAAUUUCAUGAGC